AUGUCAUCGAAAACCGUCAAAACGUACACGCAGCAAAGCAAUCGAGAACGUCCCAGGAAUGCAUCAGAGAAAAAAGUAGUCUUCAAGCCGGUUCUCGACAACCCUUUCCGCGUUCGCUGGCCAUCUGUCCCAUUAAACCUCCAGAAUGCCGUGCUUGCCUACCUUCUCACUCUCCUGGAUGGCGUUGCAAGCUGCCACAGGGAACACUGUCGACUGAGUCGCAAAAGGAAACGGGCGGAGAAAGCAGCGCAAUCCAACAAGAAGAGAACGUUAGACGCUGGCAAGGCGGAACCAUCGCAAAAGGAUCAAGAGAUGGAAGAUGCAGUUAUCUUGCCAGAUGUCACCCUUCCACCAAAGCCUACGAUUAUGGCACACAUGGUGCUCGGUAUAAAUGCGGUCACCAAACGGUUGGAACACCAGGCCCGUCAAGUCCGUCGAAUUGUCCUUGCGCGACCUCCGGAAGACCAGUCGUUAGAGACGAAACCGCCUAUCGCCUAUGUAUUUGCUUGUCGCGCAGAAGUGAACCCGUCUAUUCUCAUCGACCAUCUCCCGCCGCUCGUAGCAGCAUGUAACUCUGCUACAGGCAAGCAGUUCGUCAAACUGGUACCUCUGCCUAAGGACUCAGAACAAAGGCUAGCUGAAAGUUUGGGGAUCCGGAGCGCGUCGAUCAUUGCCAUAGAUGCUCAGUAUCCUGGUUUGCCUGAACUUGCAGCCCGCCUGGAGUCGGUCCCUCUUUUAACAGCUUCUUGGUUGACACCGUCGGCUGUCCCGACCCAACUUAUACCAACGCACAUCAAGCAUGUCAAAACUUCUGCGCCCAAGGAUAUGAAGGCCGCGAGAGAGAAGAGGCUGCAGGGAAGAAUGGCGGCCAAACAGAGGCAGAAAGAAAGGACACAGUCCAAAAAGUAG